UUCACCAACUUAACUUACUGAAAAACCCCGAGAAGGAGCAGUGUCAAGAUGAUGGUGUUAUGGAUGAUAUUACUUCUUCUUCAUCAUGGAAAUUCUCUGGUUCCAAUGAAAAUGGUUCAGCUUGGUGAACCAGCAACCUUAAAAUGUGAUAUAUCCAAAGACAUCAGCAGUAAAGUAUACUGGUACAGGCAGAGUGUCGGGGAAACUCUUAAAUUAAUUGUGACACUAUAUCGAGAUAGAGAACCUGUGUAUGAUUCUGCAUCUUUGAAAUCAAGAUUUUCUGCAAACAAUGCAAACAAUUUUAGCAAACUGACUAUUUUGGAGACGGUCCAAGAGGAUGAGGGAAUUUAUCAUUGUGGAAUGACAGCAUGGCAUAAUCUUGAAUGGAGUGGGACAUAUUUGUUAGUAAAAGGAAACACUGAAAGGACAUCAAACUAUAUUGUUGUACAGCAGCCGAUAGAAUCAAAUCCAGUGCGUCCAGGAGACACAGCAAAUCUACAGUGUUCAGUUCUCUCUGAUUCAGAGAACAAGUCUUGUCCAGGAGAUCAUAAUGUUUUCUGGUUCAGAGCUGGAUCUAAUAAAUCUCAUCCAAACAUCCUCUACACUCAUGAAAAUAGAACUGAUCAAUGUGAGAAAAGAUCUGACUAUCAGAAAAGAUGUGUUUAUCAUUUCUCUAAGAAUGUCAGCUCCUCUGAUGCUGGGACUUACUACUGUGCUGUGGCCACAUGUGGGGAGAUAUUAUUGGGAAACGGAACUACAGUUGAACUUAAGCGAACAACACAACUCGUAUUUAUUCAAAUGGCAAUAUUAAUAACCUGUUUGGCCAUUUCAGUCAUUGGAAACGUUUUUCUCAUCUGCAGACGAAGCGUAUGUAAGAAAAGUAAAGGAUACGAAAGCGCUAUAACAGAAGUCCAAACCGACAAUUUGUUCCAAUCAACUGAAGCUGAUAUAAACUACGCUGCACUGAAUUUCUCUGAACGAAAAACCAGAGGAAGAAGGAAGAGGGAGUUUACUGAGACUAGUGUCUACUCCUAAAUGUUGAUGUUGAUGA